CUCUAAUGUGGUCUGCAAAUAUUGGCCAUAUCUGCAGAAAGUUGUGGACUACUGUCCAGAGUUGGAGGACUUGCUGAACAUGCGCCCAUUUCUCUCCAUCAUGCAUGCAAAAGCGCAUUCAUGGAUGUGUGAGUUAAAAUGGGGGGGGCGCAAUCAAGAAGGAGCUGGAACAACAAUCGGGGAGGAGGUUGAACAGGUUAACAGCUUCCUCUCUCGAGCAGCCAUAUGUUCCAAGUACAUGUCAAAAGCCGUUCGCACAGACAUGCUAACAAUCCAGGCAAGUGGCUGGAACAAGCGAAAGGCAGAAAACCUUGACCGGACACUGGCCAAAAGAUACAUCAAGACUGUACAAAGGAUUGCAGAGGCAACAAAGGACCUGGAGAAACUCACAGCUGAGUUAUCUCUACAGCAAGACACAGUCCAGCAGUGGGUGUCUGAUGUUCAGCAGUGGACCUCAGGAGCAACAAUACAAAAUGACCUGCAGAGGACCAUCGAGGGGCUAUAUCUGGGCAUCAAACAGCGAAAAGUUCAGCUGUAUCGUCAGUCUGGUAGGAACAAGCGAAGGCAUCAACUGAGAAGAAAGAUUGCUGUUGAGAAGAAAGCCUUGGAAGUUGCCAUCAAUGACCACAAUGCUACUGUGGGGGAAGUUGAAAAACUGCCUCCUCCCAAUGAACUCCUGGCUGUGGAUAACUACUCCUGGCCAUGGGAAUGUCAUGGUGAUAUGGAGCGGAAAAAAAAUGUUUUUGACAAGGUAAUGCUGCUGGCUAGACUGAAAGAAGAAGAAUUUAUUGUGGUUCGCGAAGUCAAGCAGCACAUGGAGUACAUGAGGAGUGUUGCUGGACUGAUUGAAGAGUUUACCUUUCAGCUCACUGAAGACACCAGUGGGAAAUGCAGUACAGAGGGCUUAAUGGAGAAAGGACGUGAGGGACUACUCUGUGUGCUGAAGAGAAGAUUGCGUGAAGUUGAAGCACAACUGGCUAAAGCACGCACAACAUACAAAAGUAUUCUUGGACUGCAAACAUUGCCCUUAGAUGAGUUUUCCGAAGAGGAAGACUCAGAGAAUACUUCCUCAACUGAUGAGGAACUGGGAGAGUAGUUAUUAGGGAGAUGAUGUGUUUACAUUGUGUUGAACCCAAACGUCAGUGCUGUAAUAACUUGUAUGUGAAACCUGAGGUUAUUUUACUGCUGUUGUAAGAUUUCUUUGUGUUUAGAGCAUGUACUGCAAAUUCCUCUGAAACUGUAAAAACCCAUUAUGUUAGCCCAUUAGUCCCCACCCUCUGCCCCAACCCAAUCACUGGUGAUUCACAACUGUCAAACAUGACAAAUUACCUUGGUUUUUUUAGGAUUACAUUUUUGGUCAAAAUGUAUUGCGCAUCCCUACAUACUGUAGCUUCACUAUAGUUUGUAUAUAUUGUACCUACUGUAGUUUACGUAGCCUAUUGUAUUGUUACUCUCUCCAACAGUGUGGUAUUCCAGCUUAUGUUUCCACGUUAGUAUAUCAAUACUCACUCACUUUCACACACUCACUCGCUCACACACACACACACACACACACACACACACACACACACACACACACACACACACACACACACACACACACACACUCACUCACACACAAAUACAUACAUACAUACACUCACUCUUAAACACAC